GUGACCUAGUUAGUGUAAUACAUGCAGGAAGGCAAUUUUAGUACUGUUGUUAUACCAAAAUAAGACAAAUAUGAAGGUUGUGGGUUAUUGAUACAUUUUUUCGCACUAUUUGGCAUCAUGACACAUAACGAGGAGCGUGCUCAUUGGAUCAAAGAGGGCUUUAUAGGCCUUGGAGUGGGGGUACUGUAUGGCACCACCAGUGUUGCAGUGGGGCAUCCCUUUGACACGAUCAAGACCAAGAUGCAGGCACAAGUAGGCUUUGAAAAAGGUGGAAUGCUGAAAACAUUAGCAAAAACAAUCAAGUCUCAAGGAGUGAUAGGGUUAUAUAGAGGCUGUAUUCCACCCCUCUGUGGCUCAGGGAUUUACAGAUCUACACAGUUUGCAGUGUUUGAGGCAGUGUAUACAAAGAUGGACAGUAAUUUUGGAAAAUAUGAAAUACCAGCAACUGCAGGCCUACAAAUCCGAGUUAUCAUUGGUGGAUUGGUUGCAUCUACUGCAAGGGCUGUUAUUGAAACACCACUAGAGUAUGCCAAGAUUCGUAGACAAAUCCAGUCAACAUGGACAAUAAGAGAAGUUUACAAUGGUUUUGGCAUAAGUUUAAGCAGAACACUGGGUCUGAUGACAUCAUAUUUUAUAAUGGUGGAUUACAUAAGGCGUAACCAUGCUGAGCACUUCCAGCGCCCUCUGUUGGGACCAUUUUUGACGUCAGGCAUUGCAGCCACUUUAGCAUGGUGGCUGGUCUGGCCUUUAGAGUUUAUGAAGUCUCAAGUUCAAGGUGGAUAUGGAGAGAAAAUGCCAGUUCUGAAGAGGAUGCAGUUGGUAAUCAAGGAAAGAGGUGGGUUCUUUGCCCUGUACAGAGGCCUGGGUCCAGGCACCAUUCGCAGCUUCAUUGCUAAUGGCAGCAGUAUGGUUGUGAUGCAGUGGGCUCAGAGGAAAGUGUCAGAGCUGGGACUGAGAGAUUAGCCCUCAUUUGUGAUAUUUUUCUGUAGAAAUACUUUCAAGGUUCAUUAUUUCUUAACUGCUGAUAUGGUGUUAUGUUGGGGAUACAAGUUAUGCAUAUAUUGAUCAAUGUGAAUACAGAUUUGGUCCUAUUAUAAUAGAAAAUAUAUGCUCAUUUUGGUUGAUUGAUCUAUUGAUUGAUAUUGGAUAGUAGGUGAAGGCAGAAUGUAAUCUUUGGGGUAUCAUUCUCUUUACAAUUUGUGUGAUGAUAACAAUGACAUUGAAUUGUUACAUCAAAAUAAAGGCAGCUAUACAUAAACAUGGUGCACUUGAUAUAUAUGUAUUGAAGGAUUUAUGUCUUAAAAAGAUGGUCCAAAUUGUUAAGAAUACGUCUCUUUUUUAGUGCCAUCUUGACUUGGUCAGGAAUAUUUUUACAUUUAUAUGUUAAACAUUUAUACUUUGCAUGCCAGUUAAGUAGUGACUGCUGAGUUGGCAGAUGCAAGAUUUAUUACCACUUCCAUGUAAUCUUGGUCAAAAUGUGAUGUGAGAAUAGAAAACUGGUUUUUCCAUAUGCACAAUAUUAGUAAAACAAUCAGUUACAUGCAGCGAAAAAAUACAUACUAGGCAAAUGUCAGAUGUCUUCUGUACAUUGUAACUAUAUUCCAGAGCAGACUAAAACUUUUAUUCAUGUAAUAAACUAUUUUAUAUUUUGAACUUGUUUUAAAACUCAUAAGUUUUGAUCUCACACUGCAAUGUGUUUGCAGUGACUUUCAUACAGCUGUUAUGGAGACCUUAAUGCAUCUCGCAAAACCUUCAGUAGUUAAUGACUAGUCAUUGCAAGAUUUGUUUAUGUAAUCCUUUUCCAUUAUAUAGGUAAAUCUAAUUAGGGAAACUGUAACAACAGUUGUUAAUUAAGGAGUGAACCUUUCAUGAAAUCAUGGUUGAAUAUGCAGGUGGUUAUUGAAGGUAUUUAGUUUUUUAAUUUGGUGUUUUUGCAGCAAUUGAUAAAACAACAUAUUGCCAUCCAUUUUCUUUUUUUGAAAACAGUACAUUCAUUAAAAAGAGACCAAAAGGUUAUAUUCUUUAAUUUGACAAUAUUUUACAGCAACCAUGCCCAAAAGUGACUGUAAAAUAACAUUGCAUGUUAUUUAUCAUACAUUUAUAUAUGCCUAUGCAGGCAGAGUAGGAUAUUAAGUUCUACAGACAAGUAAGACCAUGCACUGCAGGGACAGAUCCAGGCUGACC